UGCAGCGCUCUCCGGCGGGAUCAGUCAUGGAGAGAACGCCGAGCGGAACGCACUUGCUGCUGCUGGCCGUCGUCGGCUGGGGCUGCUGCCUGGCCCUGGCAGCGGGACAGCUGCCGGAGGUGGACCCGGCGACAGUCAAGGAUCUGGAGGAGCUGGGCGCCCACUAUCUGCCCGCGGGCUACACGACGGCGAACGUCUCGCUGGCGGAUCUGCAGCGCCUGCUGCGCGCCAAAUGCGAGAAGGCCAACCAGGCGCUGCCCGCGGGCACCGUCAAUGCCACGGCCCUGGGCACGGCCAUCGAGCAGGCGGCCGGCCAGCUGCUGGGCUGCCUGGGCGGACUGGCGAACGUCACCGAGAUACUGGACGAGAUUGAGAAGGCCAGCCCCAAGGGGGACCUGGACGUGGUCUUCGAAAAAUACUGCCUGCGACUGCCGCAGGCCAAGGCCUGCCUGCGCGACUUCAACGCGGCGCUGCAGCCGUGCCUCACCCGCGAGGAGCGCACCCACAACGCCCUGAUGCAGCGCAUCACGGACAAGCUUCUGGAGUUUGUCUGCUACAAGAACGGCGACCAGAUCGCCCUGUUCAUCGCCGAGCAGGGGCCCGAGUGCCUGCAGGCGAGCCGCGACCACAUCGCCACCUGCCUGAACACCACCUUUGCCGGCUACCUGCCCCAGGUGGGGCAGCUCUCCUCCGAGCACGUGGCCGACCUGCUGCCGGAGCUCGUGCUGGGCCCCCGCCAGUGCGUCGACCUGCACGACUUCGAGACCUGCACCGUCCGCCAGCUGGAGCGCUGCGAGACCAUCACGCCCAGCAACAUCGUGGAGUCGAUGUUCCGCUACAUCCGCAAGGAGUCCAACUGCCAGCCGGCCGUCGACCGCGCCCUCCAGGAGCGCCGCCGGGCCCAGGCCCUCACAGCCCCAGACCCGGCGGCCGGCGGUGUCGCCUCGCUGGUGGCCCGCAGCCUCCUCCUGCUGCUGCCUUUGGCGGCUCUCCUCUAGCCGGACCACCGAUUCUCCAUGCUGUGUGUGUGUGCCAUCUCGUCUGCCGCAUCCUUUUACACUCCUUUCUGUUUCCCUUUCCUUUCCUCUGCUUUAUUUUUUUUUUUUUUAAUUUGAUAUUUUAUAAUUAUGUUUAAUAAACUUUCGCAAGUCGAGCGUAAGCCGCUUAACGGA